UAUUGGCGAUGCUUAUAAAACCAUAGACAAACCGAAGCUGAUUGAGGUACUCAUACCAUAAUAUUCAGCUCUUGACAUCUACGUUUCUCCAGAACCCACGUGCUGUAGUCCGAUCACAUCAUGGUAUCCUUCACGGCUCUCGUUACCACUUUUCUUGCAGUUGCUGGUGUUGCAAUCGCCACGCCAACACCAAAGCUCGCUGAACAGCCGGUGGUAACCUAUCUCGGUACCCAAGGACCUAUUCUUUCAAGCGGUGCAUGGACAUCCAAGGGCAUAGUCUAUACCUCGGGAACUGUACCUUCGUUCAACGGAACGAUUGUAUCAGGCGGCAUUGAAGCUCAAACGGCUCAAGUCAUCAAGAACAUUGCCGUUAUCCUCGGGGAAGCUGGCACAUCGUGGGACUAUGUUAUGAAGACUACUGUCUUCCUUGCCAACAUGUCAGACUACACGGCUAUGAACGAGGUCUAUGCUGCUAUGCUACCCAGCCCAAAGCCUGCACGUACCGCUGUUGAGGUUGGCAAGUUGCCGGGCAACUUUUUGAUCGAGGUUGAGGCUAUCGCUGCCAUUCCGGACUCAUGAGGCUGUAUAACAUGGAAGAAAAAGAGAUAGAACCUAUGGAAACUAUUCAGCCUAAAUGAGACAAAUAAUUGAAAACUUUCGCAAUCGACAAAGUGAGGCCCUCAAUCAUCAUACGGGCGAAUGUCAGUACUGUCCCGUGACUCCGCUGUUUUGCACCUUGUCAAUAUUUCAUUGUUCCAACCAGCAAUACCCACGACAA